AUGGGUCCUAUCACCCCCCAAAACGAUGAACGAGCCUUUACAUACCUGGUCGGCAUUGGUGUUACUCACUCAGUUGCACCACCGAUGCAUGAUUUCAUUGCCAGAUCCCUGGGCUACGACUGGAAGUUUCUGGCGCAAGAAUGUCCUAGCGUAGAGGAUGCGGUGGCACUGUUCCGCAAACCAAGCUUCGCAGGAGGCGUUGUCACCAUGCCCUACAAAACAAGUAUCAUGCAACACCUGGACGGUCUUGAUGAGUACGCAACCACCAUCGGGGCCUGCAACAACGUGUAUAGAGCCGCUGAUGGCUCGCUGAGAGGAACCAACACCGACUGGCGAGGAAUCAAGGGCUGCCUGUUGCAAGGCGACCCACAGGGUGAGGGCAAGGGAAAGCCUGCUCUCAUUAUAGGCGCUGGAGGAGCUUCGCGGGCGGCUUUGUUUGCCCUCCAUGACCAGUUGCAAUCCAAUCCCAUCUACGUCGUCAACCGGGACAGGGCAGAGGUCGACGCUCUAGUCAAGGACGCCCAAGCGUACGAUGGAAGGGUCCAGAUUAUCCAUCUCCGCUCGGUGGAUGAAGCCAAAGCGCUGCCAGCGCCCUACUACAUCGUGGGGACAGUGCCGGACUUUGAGCCCAAGAGCCCGGAGGAGAUCGCCGCCCGAGACGUGGUCGAACAUUUCCUUUCUUCCAGCGCAGAGAAGGGCGUCUUGCUAGACAUGUGUUUCAAACCACGUCGGACCAGAUACUUGAAGUUAGGAGAGAAGCAUGGGUGGAAGACUGUGGAAGGGGUUAACAUCAUUGGUCAUCAGAUCCAGGAACAAUACAGGCUUUGGGCUGGCGAGAAGGCCAGUGAACGCAUAAAUACCAAGGGCGCCUGGGAAGUGCUGUUGCAAGCAGCAGACAAGAGCCCUGCCAUUAACUUCUGA